CGCGCGGCCAUGUUGAAUUGUCAAUUAUUUGAAAGUGAGACAACAAAGAAGUGAUAUAAAGUUACGACUGAAGCAGAUUUCGCGAAACGAUGUCAAAACUCUUGUCGGACUCGACACACAUAUCACGUUAAAAGCUUACAAGCGAAAAUAUACUUUGGCUGGAGGGAGAAAACUCAAGGUGACCUGGAUUUGGCCAAUCCCAAAUCAUCCCAACAAUACUAUAUAGGAUAAUCCAGUUGGUCAAAUAACAGUACAAAAAUCAAAGGAAUUGAAACUAUUUAGUAAAUGUAGCUCAUCAGACACAACAGCCUUAGUCACAUCAAUGAACAGAAUUGCAAUUCUGACAAAGAUAAAGAGGACUAUUAGAUAACAGCUCUUGUGAUAUAUUUAUUCAUAUGAAUGUUAAUUUCUCCAUUUUUUUGGGAGAGUUACGUUGUAAAUUAUCAUAAUUCACACACAGGCCUCUUUAUUUUCAAGGGCCCUGUUGACAGAUGCUCAAAGUGCAGUGCAAUUUUUACCUUUUUUUUUUUUUAGUCUGUACUUCAGUAUUAGUAAGAAACACAAACCAGUUGCGCUGGUAACUUUCAAAUAAAGAAAAGAGAAAGACAAGAAAAAUGGCUGCAGCAAGAACAGCAAACCCAGCACAGAUGAUCAGCUUGAUGAAAGCAGUGAAUGGGCCGCUCAGAAGCAGCCAGACCGCAGGAUUCAGUGGCCAGCAGCCCCUGAAGAGGAGCAGUAAUCCUCAGAGCAGUGGCGGUAUCAAGUUUGGAGAUGACUGGAAAAAGUGCCUAGAACUUCCUCCAAAAGACAACAGAAUUAGAACAUCGGAUGUGACCUCCACCAAGGGAAAUGAAUUUGAAGACUACUGCCUCAAGAGGGAACUGCUCAUGGGAAUCUUUGAGAUGGGAUGGGAAAAGCCCUCGCCUGUACAGGAGGAAAGCAUCCCUAUCGCCUUGUCUGGCAGAGAUAUUUUGGCCCGUGCCAAAAACGGAACGGGCAAAAGCGGAGCCUACCUCAUUCCGCUCCUGGAGAGAAUCGACCUAAAGAGGAGUUACAUUCAAGCCUUAGUCGUCGUGCCCACGCGAGAGUUGGCGCUGCAAAUGAGCCAAAUCGCAAUCCAGCUCAGCAAGCACCUAGGCGGAGUCAAGAUCAUGGCCACCACUGGCGGCACCAACUUGAGGGAUGACAUCUUGCGCCUCGACGAGACAGUACACGUGGUGGUUGCCACACCUGGAAGAUUACUGGACCUGAUCAAGAAGGGUCUGGCCAAAGUGGACAGGUUACAAAUGAUGGUGAUGGAUGAGGCAGACAAGCUCCUCUCGCAAGACUUUGUGGCCAUCAUCGAAGAUAUCAUCAGCUUCUUACCAAAGAAUCGGCAGAUUCUGCUCUACUCAGCAACGUUCCCCAUCAGUGUGCAGACAUUCAUGAACAAACACCUGCAGAAGCCUUAUGAGAUCAACCUCAUGGAGGAGCUGACGUUGAAGGGCAUCACCCAGUAUUACGCGUAUGUGACCGAGAGGCAGAAGGUCCACUGUCUCAAUACACUCUUCUCCCGGCUUCAAAUCAACCAGUCCAUCAUCUUUUGCAACUCCAGCCAGCGGGUGGAGCUCCUGGCCAAGAAGAUCACCCAGCUGGGCUACUCGUGCUUCUACAUUCAUGCCAAAAUGAUGCAAGAGUACAGGAACCGCGUGUUCCACGAUUUCCGCAACGGACUGUGCAGAAACCUGGUGUGCACAGACCUGUUCACGCGGGGGAUCGAUAUCCAGGCGGUCAACGUGGUCAUCAACUUUGACUUCCCCAAAAGCGCAGAGACCUACUUGCAUCGAAUCGGAAGAUCAGGGCGCUUCGGCCACCUGGGUCUGGCCAUCAAUUUGAUCACGUCGGAGGACCGCCACAUUCUGAAGAGCAUCGAGGACCAGCUGGUCACAGACAUCAAGCCCAUCCCAGGCAACAUCGACAAGAGCCUCUACGUGGCAGAGUUUCACUCUGUGGAUCCUGACGACCCCCACGCUGCACCAAGCAAUGGAAAAAUGGCAGCACCGUGAAAGAAUGGG